UCCUAAACGGAUUCAUGAUGCCGUCCUAUCUCAAUCUCAUAAUCUGUAGUCUAUCUGUCUGCCUGUCGCUCUUUGGUCAUUCGUCUGGAUGCGGAUGGACUUCAGAGAAUGAUAUUCAGUGCGACUGUGUUGCCACGUACACAGUCACGUUCAGAACCUUAUGGUCAGCUCAAAGUCAUCCCAAAGAUUACCCGAGAUCAGCACAUUGGUCACCAUUGGUAGGAGGAAGUCACAAUUCUAACUACACCAUGUGGGCACCAGGUGGAAUGUCAUCCCGAGGGGUGCAAAAUGUGGCCGAAUUUGGUGGCACCUCCACGCUGUGCAACGAAAUGCAGCAAUCAAGAAGUGUUUAUGACACCCUGCGGUUGUCUGGCAUCUCUCCUGGCACUGGAACAAGGACUGGACAACUGACUUUGGGUUGUUCGUACUCUCUAGUCUCUCUUGUUUCUAUGAUAGCUCCAAGUCCAGACUGGAUUGUCGGUGUACACAGCUUGAACCUAAGAAAUGGCACUUCCUGGAUUAGUUCUUACUCUGUCGACUUGUUUCCAUAUGAUGCUGGCACAGACAGUGGCUUAACAUUUACAGCUCCAAAUCAAAGAACAAACCCCAAGGAACCAAUUUAUCGGCUAACAGAGACAAAUCCAGACGACCAACGAAGCUCCUUUUAUGGAACAAGAAUGGUAGCUAGAAUGGCUGUUUUGAAUUUCGAUCUACUUUCACAAACAUGUCCAACAUCUCCACCUAAAAGUUUGCCAACUCCAUCUCCAAGUGUAGAGACUGUCCAGACGAGUGAAUCUACAGUCUGCAAUGGCACCAUUUCGUACUUAAUUAGAUUUCAAGGUAUGUGGUCCAACGACACUCUUCCAAGACAAUUUCCACCUAAAGCUCGUUUUAGUCAUCUGACUGGUGGAAGUCAUUCAUCCAACUACACCCUGUGGAGACCUGGAGAUCGUGUAGUUGCAAAGAGUGUUAUAGACUUGGUGUCUAAAGGUCAAAACAAAGGACUAAAGAAAGCGAUGAAAAAGGACAAAAGAGUACUACAUGUUGUUGCUUUGAAAGGAAAAUCUGGUGCAAGACGAACAAAACGACAAAUUGAUCUCGAUGCUUCGCAUACAUUUGUGUCGUUGAUGGGCAAGAUAACUCCUAGUCCUGAUUGGUUUAUCGGUGUCUCUCAUGUAAACUUGUGCAACAACGUGACGGGCUGGGUUACCAAACAUAGUGUUGAUCUCUUCCCUUAUGAUGCCGGUCUCAACAGUCAAGUCACGUUUGUAAAAUCACGGACUUCGAUGUCUAGCAAACUACAAGAACCCGAACCAAUCUACAGGAUCACUGGAUCGAAACCAAACAAUUCCGAAGGUUCAUUUUAUGGCUACAAUCCAGUGCCAAGGUUGGGUGUACUGACAUUCCAGAAGAUGUGAUGUCUAGCACUAGAUCAUGUGCAAAUGCGUGAAAACUGAUAAACAGUGACAGUUGCGAGUUGUUAAUUAAUCCAAUGUCAACUUUUGCGUCAUUGAAAUCAAUGUAUUAGUGGUAUGUACUGUACACGUCCUCUAGCUUUAGUCUAGAUCGACUAUCACGUUUUAGCUGAAUUGGUUCUAGUUAGCUAUAUUUAAUUAGACAAGCAGUUUUGAACUAG